UGAGGGCGGGUAGAGCGUGCGAACCCCAGCUCCGGACUGUGAGGGAGCGAGAAAAGUGAGACAAAAAAAGGAAAACGAGGGAAUUGCUCAGGACUCUCAAGCAUCCGAACAAAUCUGUCCUCCCAGUACUGCAGUUUCUGCCCAGUUUGAGCCAUCCAAUCUGCCUGUGUUACAGCUAAACUAAACACGACACUGACUAUCUUUUCGUGGGACCUGGCAUGCGCCACGGGACGCUACGUAAACUUUGUGCAGCAGUGGAGGCUAUCUGACAACGGACUGGAGUGACAGAGUGAAUAUACAGUUUGCCUAUUAAUUUACUAACUCGCAGUAGACGUGGAGGAAGAACGGGGAGACGGGUGGAUUAUUAUGCAACAAGUGGAAAGGUUAUGAAGAUGUGGUGCUGGGUUUUCCCCCUGGCGUUCCUGCUGUCCUCAGUGCACCAGGCUGAAGCCCAAGGCAGGUGUAAUAAUGUUGGACCAGCAGACAUAGUGUUCCUGAUAGAUGGCUCGUCCAGUAUCGGCAGGGCCAACUUCCUGCAGGUCAAGGGCUUCAUGGCCGGUAUCGUCAAGCCCUUCACCAGCUCCGUGGGCCAAUCAGGGAUCCGCUUCGGCGCUGUGCAGUACAGCGACACCUCAAGAGUGGAGUUCACCUUCACCACAUACCUGAAUGGCACAGAGCUGGUCAGCGCUGUGGAGAACCUCAACUAUAAGGGAGGCAACACUCGCACCGGUGCUGGCCUCAAAUUUGUCGCUGACAACUUCUUCAACCCCACCUCCAUCCGGAACGUCUCAAAGGUCUGUAUACUGAUCACAGAUGGGAAGUCUCAAGACAGUGUAAGCGACCCAGCUCAGAAGCUACGGAGUCUGGGAGUGGAGAUGUUUGCAGUGGGUAUAAAGAGUGCAGACCAGACUGAGUUGGCUCUGAUAGCCACUCCUCCUCAGAGAGACUACACAUUCUUUGUGGGGGACUUUAAGUUGCUUAACACACUGCUCUCCCUGGUGGGCCCGCGUGUUUGUUCCAGCUCUGGUGGAGUGUACGCUAGCGAUGAUGCCUUCUCCGGUCCCUCUAACCUCCAGUUCUCAAGCCAGACCUCUGAUUCGCUCAGGUUCCGGUGGACUCCCGCAGGGGGGCCUGUGACUGGCUAUGUGGUGCAGUACACGCCCCUCUCUGGCCUUGGCCAGCCAAUCACAGCGGAGCUGCGUCAGGAGACGGUGUUUGCAAAUCAGAGGAGCUUCGUGGCUAGAGAGCUGAAGUCAGGGACAGACUACCUGGUGACGGUCAUCGCCCAGUAUCCCAACAGUGUGGGAGAGCCUGUGUCCGCCAAGGCAAGAACCAACUCGCUACCGGGGGUGUCCGGUCUUCGUCUGGUCCAGGCUGGUUUCUUCUCUCUCUCUCUGACCUGGGACGCUCCCACCUCACAGUUCCAGGGCUACCGACUCACCUAUGGUCCCCGAGGUCAGCCCAAGGCCCAGCUAUUGGAGCAGUCUCUGGCUGCAGACUCUACUUCUGUCACCCUGGAGAGGCUACUGCCUGACACAGAAUACGUCCUCACCCUCUACCCGCUGUUCCCCCGAAACUCUGCCUCCCCCGCCACCCUCACCUCACGGACAUUGCGUCUAGAAGCGGCCCAGCAGCUGUCAGUGGAUACUGUGUCAGAGCGUAGUGUCCGGGUGUUGUGGAGAGGAGUGGGUGGAGCCAGGGCCUACAGACUGGUCUGGGGACCAUUCACCGGUCGUGAUGUGGAAUCUGUGGAAGUGGCUGGUGACAGUGAGACUCACACCCUGUUGAACCUGCAGCCAGACACUGAGUACAUUGUCACUGUCAUCGCUCUCUACGAAGGCAACACAGAGGGUCCUGGUGCUACCACCAGGUUCAAGAUAGAGAGUCUGGAGCAGCAGGUGCUGAGGGCAGCCACCACCGGGCCCUCCUCCAUCCGCCUCACCUGGAACCUAAUCCAGUCUGCCAGGGGAUACCGCCUGGAGUGGAGGCAGGGGGAAGGUGGCAGAAUGCAGAGUCAGUCAUUCUCCAGGAACACCACUAUUUAUGAUCUGUCAGGGCUGCAGCCCAGCACUGAGUAUGUCAUCACCUUGUUCACCCUGUAUGAGGGACGAGAAGAGGCCACCCCCGUCUCCACCUCUCCCACAGUGGAACAGCCGGUGGGGAGGGUGUCCAACCUGCGAGUGGUAGAGUACCUGGGCAGCACUGUGCGACUGGGAUGGACAGGGGUAGCCGGGGCAACACAGUACCGUAUCCUCAUGGUCAACACUGAAGCGCAAACAGAGGAAACCCGCAGUAUCCCUGGAAGCCAGACGACCCUUGACCUUAGGGGUCUGACAGAGGGCGUGUCUUAUGGGGUCAGCGUGACAGCUGUGGUGGGAGACAGCGAGGGGGACCCAGUCACUGUCUACAUCAAAUCAGAACAAGCAUUGGAGAGAGUGACAAACCUGCGUGUGACAAACACCAAUGGUCGGCGACUCCGAAUCGCCUGGACAGGGGUUUCCGGGGCGACAGGGUACAGGGUCACUUGGAGACAAGGCAACAAUGCGGAGCAGUCCCGUGUUCUGGGGCCAGAGGCCUCGUCCUACACGGUGGAGGGGCUGCAGCCAGACACAGCUGUGGUCCUGGGCGUGGCGGCUGUGAUUGGUCAACGUAUCGGGGAGGUGGUCACCCUCUCGGCCAGGACCAAUGGCAACAACGGCUCAAGCACGGUUAGCGGCCUGCGUAUCAUUGAUGUCACCUCUCAGAGGAUACGCAUCACAUGGUCACCAGUCUCCAGGGCAACUGGCUACAAGAUUACCUGGCGCAGUGGAAAUGGAGUGGAGUCCUCCCGCACGGUGGCCGCUGAUGUCACUUCCUUCACCAUCGACAGCCUUCAGGAAGACUCCUCCUACCGAGUCUCAGUCUCCUCACUGAUUGGGUCUCGGGAAGGAUACCCCACCUCCCUGAACACCAGAACAGAGUCAGACCAGUUGGUGGUGGGAACAGUGACUUCACUCAAAGCCCAAGAGUCCCGCGGUGAGGUCGUCAGAGUAACAUGGGUGGGCGUGCAGGGAGCGACAGCCUAUCGUGUGGCUUGGAAGCGAAUUGACGGUGGGGAGGAGAGGAGCCAGCUGGUAGGUGGUGACCGCACAGCGGUGGACCUGGAGCAGCUGGACCCAGGGGCUCAGUAUGAGGUGCAGGUCAUGGCCCUGGUUCAGAACAGAGAGGGAUCCCCAGUCUCUGUCAGAGUCACAACACCUGGGGAACCUGUUGCUGUGGACCGUGUGGAGGGGGUCAGGGUGCUGGAGGCUACCCCAAGGGUGCUGCGUCUGGUCUGGAGAGGAAUGGCUGGGGUCACAGGGUACCGUAUCUACUGGAGAUCAGCCCUGGGUGAGGCUGAAUCGAGCCGUCUGAUAGGUCGAGAUGCGACCUCGUUUGACCUGGAUGGUCUGCGGCCUGGGGUGAGCUACACAAUGAGGCUGGCUGCCAUCUUCAGGGACAGAGAGAGUCAAGCUGUCACUAUCACAGCCUCCACAGCUCCCCUACAGCCUGUAACAGGUCUGCGUGUGGCAGAGGUUACCCAGAAUUCUGUGUUGUUAGGCUGGGUUCCACUGACUGGUGCCACAGGAUAUAUCCUGCGCUGGAAAGAGGAGAGAGAUACUGGUCCGGGUCAAUCCACCACGCUGCCUGGGUCAUCCAGCUCCUACAGGGUGACAGGGCUACGUCUGGGUCUGAGAUACCGCUUCACCCUGCAGCCCAACUUCCAGAGGGAGGUGGGCCCUGAGACCUCAGUGGACGAACGCACUGUGUGUGUGGGUGGUCGUCUCGACGUGGUAUUCCUGGUUCCAGCUUCCAGGGACCGGGCCAGCCUGGCUGAUUCUCUGCUCUCCCUCCUGACCAGCGCUGCUGGCUCCCUCACCACCAUUGGAGAACGGGACUCACAGCUGGGGAUUGUAGUGUACAGCGCCCGACCCAAGGUCUGGUUCCUGCUAAAUCGCCAUAGCAACAGUGAGACGCUGCUUCAGGAGAUCCUGUCUACGCCUUUUGAGGAUGGCCCAGGGAAUGCUAUAGGCCAGGCAAUGACGUUCACCAGACAGUUCCUUCUCAGCCCCACAGCUGGUCGUAGACCCAGAGUCCCUGGUGCGGUGGUGAUCAUUGCAGAUGAAAAAUCCUCCGACAACAUCACUGUCCCAGCCAGUGUUGUCAAAGCCUCAGGAGUGACGGUGCUGGCGGUGGGUAUAGGUAGGGCGGACUCUGAGGAGCUGCGCCAGGCCGUGACAGAUGGCAGCACCCAGAACCUUCUAUAUGCCCGUGAUGCCACCCAGCUGGGCACCCUGCACGCCGACCUGGCUGACCUGCUGUGUGGCGUCGCCAGGAUACCAGAGGGAGUGGGGCCAGUGACAGAGCAGUGUACCGUACAGUGUCCUCGGGGUGACCGGGGGGAGCGAGGAGGAAAGGGAGAGAGUGGAAGAGACGGUGCUGACGGACGCAAAGGAGAGCCUGGUCGUGAUGGUUUGCCUGGCAGGGAGGGCCCCAGAGGGCCUGAGGGGCGACAGGGUCAGCCUGGCCGAAGUGAGGACCCCUCAGUGGGGGUCAGAGGGGAGAAGGGGGAGAGGGGGUUUCCUGGUCUGGAUGGGAAUCCAGGGUUGCCAGGGCGACCAGGGACCCCAGGCCCUGGAGGUGUGCCGGGUUCACAGGGGCUACCGGGUGUCAGAGGAGAUCCUGGUGAUCCUGGGGUUACAGGAACACCAGGGACAAAGGGUGACAGGGGCGACAGGGGUGAGCCAGGGUCAGCUGUUUCAGGAGGAGGUCUGCCCGGGAGGAAAGGGGAACCAGGGAUCCCAGGAAUACCAGGUACCCUAGGGCGUCCAGGGAAUGACGGGGCCAAGGGCUUUGUGGGACCUGCAGGGACCCCUGGACAGGAUGGUCGCCCAGGGAUACCAGGCACCCCCGGCCUCUCCAUUAAGGGAGACAAGGGCAGCACCGGAGAGAGGGGACCUCCAGGAGUGGGCAGUGGCUUGGCUGUGAAGGGGGAGAAGGGAUCACCGGGGUCUAAUGGAAACCCAGGAGCUCAGGGUCUCAGAGGAUCUACAGGACAACAAGGAGCCAAAGGAGACAAGGGGGAGAGUGCAGAGGGGUUGCCAGGACUGGCUGGGAAGGCAGGAGAGCCUGGUGAUCGGGGUCCCCGUGGGCCUGCUGGGAGCAUUGGACUCAAGGGGGACCGGGGCCAGCCAGGUGAGCCUGGAUCACAAGGUGACAGGGGGGAGAGAGGACUUGCUGGCUUGGCAGCGGAGAGGGGGGAGACUGGACAGCCAGGCUCUACAGGGGCUCCAGGCCUGAGGGGUUUGCCUGGCACCAGUGGAUUACCAGGAGAGAAGGGCAGUGAGGGCGCUAAAGGAGAACCUGGCCGGAGUGGGCCAGGAUUAGGUGGGAAGAAAGGUGAACAGGGUGAGCCGGGUCUGCCAGGUCCAGAGGGGCCCAGGGGCCAGAAGGGCGAUCCAGCCCAGAAAGGUGAAAAAGGUUCCCCAGGUACUGGCUCUCCUGGCCAGGCUGGAUCUAAAGGAGAGCAGGGGGAUCGGGGACUCUCUGGCUUAGCUGGAAGACUGGGGAUCAAGGGGGAUUCAGGUGAACCAGGAGAGAGAGGGGAGACAGGACGAGCCGGACCCGCAGGAAAGAAUGGCAUCCCUGGGAAAGAGGGAGCCAAAGGAGACAAGGGUGACGAAGGCACUCCCGGGGAGUCUGGACUCCCAGGGAAGGCAGGGGAGAGAGGACUAAGGGGCCUUGCGGGUCAGCCUGGACGAGCAGGAGAGAAGGGAGACCUGGGAGACCCUGGAGAGCAUGGACGUAAUGGCAGCCCAGGACCUAUUGGACCAAGAGGAGAGAAAGGAGUUGAGGGAGCUCAAGGCCGCCCAGGACCUCCAGGGAAGGUGGGCGAUACAGAGCAAAAGCUUAAAGGAGAAAGAGGAGAAAAGGGAGAUGCUGGUGACCCGGGAGAGCAUGGGGGCAAAGGUCAGAAGGGCGAGGCAGGGUCCUCAGGGGCUGCGGGGCUCCGGGGUCUCGAGGGACAGCGUGGACCUCCAGGGUCGAGAGGUGACACAGGAGAGAGAGGAGGCCCAGGAGAGAAGGGAGAGAGAGGUGCGUCUGGGCUGGAUGGACGCAAUGGUCUGGAUGGCAAACCAGGGGCACCAGGAACGGCCGGCCUGAGGGGAGACCCAGGGAAACUAGGGGAUCCAGGAAGAGAUGGGCUGCCAGGACUAAGAGGUGUACAGGGCCUCCCAGGUCCUAUUGGGCCCGCUGGAAAUCCAGGCACACCUGGCAAAGCAGGAGAAGAUGGAAAACCAGGGACUGCUGGGAAAAUGGGUGAGGAUGGAGUACCAGGGGAAGAUGGCAGAAAGGGUGACAAAGGAGAGGCUGGGGUUUCUGGAAGAGACGGCCGUGAUGGGCUGAAGGGGGACCGGGGCCUUGGCGGGCCUGCAGGGCCAACUGGUCUAUCUGGGCCCCAAGGGGUCCCUGGCACCAUCGGACCUCCAGGACAGGUGGUCUAUGCGAAGGGAGCUCCAACACCAUCUAUCCCUGGCCCUCAGGGGCCUCCAGGAAGCCCAGGUGUGCCUGGAAUCCCAGGGACCGCAGGAGCUAGAGGGGAGAGAGGAGCAGUGGGCAGUAAAGGUGAAAGGGGUGACCCAGGAGAGGACGGGCAACCGGGCAGGCCUGGAACAGCAGUGGAUGUGCAGAAGGCCCUCUCUAACCUUGGCAUUGAGAUGCAGGACCUGAAGGUGCUUGUGGAUAACGGGAAUGUGCCAGGCAAGAGUGUGCAGGAGAAGGCUGAGAAGGGCCAGAGAGGAGACAAGGGAGAGGCCGGGCAGAGAGGACCAGCAGGGAUAGAUGGUGCCCGCGGGCUGUCUGGGGAGAGGGGUGUGAAGGGAGAGCAGGGGGAACGGGGGCCUGUAGGGGCCACAGGACCCACAGGGAGGGCCAUUGGAGAGAAGGGCCCAGUAGGACCCACGGGACAGGCUGGAGAGCCAGGAAAACCUGGAAUACCUGGAGUACCAGGGAGAGCCGGAGAACUGGGAGAGGCUGGACGACCUGGAGAUAAGGGGGAGAGAGGAGAGAAGGGUGACAAAGGAGAGGCUGGGAAAAACGGGCUAGGUGGCUCAGUGGGCCCUCCUGGACCAAAGGGUGCUGCUGCAGUAGCGGGUGAAGCUGGACUCCCCGGAGCAAGGGGCCUCCCUGGGGUCACAGGGCCGAAGGGAGAGCCUGGCGCCUCAGGGCCACAGGGAUCCAAAGGCGACAGGGGUAUUGCAGGGCUCCGUGGAGAUAAAGGUGAUCGGGGUCCAUCUGGAGAACAGGGACGCGAUGGUUUUCAGGGGACAGCAGGAGAACCUGGCAAACCGGGACAGGAUGGGAAGCCGGGUCCACAAGGGCCAGCUGGUCCUCAAGGCCGCUCAGGAAACUCUGGAGAACCUGGAAUUAUAGGGCCAACUGGUCCGAUCGGUACCAAUGGACCUCCAGGUCCGUCAGGGGUAAAGGGUAAUCAAGGAGUGCCUGGGGUUGGCGUUCAGGGACUUCCUGGUCCCGAAGGCAACAUGGGAGUGCGUGGACCAGCAGGGCCUCCUGGAGCUGUGGGUCCAUCUGGGCCUCCAGGUCUACCAGGGCAGACAGGGGAGGGGGGCAAGCCAGGGGUCCCAGGAAGAGAUGGGAUACCUGGAAAAGAGGGAACACCAGGGUUGCCAGGGAAACAGGGUAUCGCUGGACCAAUGGGGUCCGCGGGGUUGAAGGGGGAGCAGGGGGACAGUGGCCCCCCAGGAAAGGCUGUAGCAGGACCCCCUGGUUUGAAAGGAGCACAGGGACCUCCUGGUGUGACCUUACCUGGGACAGUGGGAGAGAGCGGGCUGCCAGGGCUACGGGGUGAGAGGGGAGACAAGGGUCCUGCAGGCAUCAAAGGGGACCGGGGAGCUGCUGGUGAAAAUGGGGAGCCUGGAGAAGAUGGGGGCAGAGGACCAGCAGGGCCUAAAGGAGACAGGGGAGAGAGAGGCAUCGGACUGGCAGGGCCUCCUGGUCAGCUGGGACCUCAAGGGUUAAAUGGGGACACAGGUCUCCCGGGCCCAGCAGGCCCUCCAGGAGCCCAGGGCGUAGCAGGGACCCCUGGUCUGGCCGGCCUGAGAGGAGAGAACGGAACUCCAGGACCCCCAGGACCUCUAGGACCCAGGGGUAUCCAAGGCUUUACUGGUCAGACAGGGACUCCUGGAGCUCCUGGGCCACCCGGACCCCCUGGCUUAGCUGGUUCACCAGGCACUGUUGGAGGCAAAGGGGAUAAGGGAGCGAUUGGAGCGGGAGUACCUGGAUUGAGAGGCGAGAGAGGAGACCCAGGACCCAGGGGGGAGGAGGGUCGAGGUGGUCAGAACGGGGAGAGAGGACUAGCGGGCUCUCCAGGUGGCAAAGGAGGCAGGGGAGAUAAGGGUGAAUUGGGGCUGCAAGGUGGCAAAGGAGAAAAGGGUGAUACACUCCUGGUGGGAGGACCUCCAGGAGAGAAAGGAAAUAAAGGAGAGACGGGUGACCGAGGGCCCAAAGGGGUGCAGGGGGAGAAAGGCUUGAAAGGCAAUGACGGCCCAGCUGGGGAGCAGGGUCUGAGGGGUGAGCCAGGAGACAGGGGCUCUACAGGGUUCCAGGGAGCCAGAGGUCCAGGAGGACAGAAGGGAGAGGCGGGACAGCCUGGUGUACCUGGAGAAUCAGGUACCCCAGGAAAGGAUGGAAUGCCAGGCUUUAGAGGGGAUAAGGGAGACGUGGGAAUAACUGGAAUGCGUGGAAUUAAGGGCGACCGAGGAUCAAAGGGGGCUUGUGGAUCAGACGGACCGAAAGGAGAAAAGGGAGAUUCGGGGAUCCAUGGGAGGUCAGGGUUGCCUGGAAGGAAAGGCGAACAGGGAGACUUGGGGCCUCCAGGGGCCAUUGGAACUCCUGGCAAGGAGGGACUGAUCGGCCCCAAGGGUGACCGAGGCAUUGAUGGAGUACUAGGACCCAAAGGAACGCAGGGAGAGAAGGGCGAAAGGGGCCCCUCGGGUAUCCCUGGCCCUCCGGGCCCCACAGGAGUGGAUGGGGCCUCUGGACUGACAGGGCCUCAGGGGCCCGCUGGAGCUAAGGGCCCAGAAGGGCUCCAAGGACAGAAGGGGGAGAGGGGGCCUAUUGGUCCUGCCAAGAUUGGUCCACGUGGUAUCCCAGGUAUACCAGGAGAAAGAGGCGGGCAGGGGGAGUUGGGUCUAGAUGGAGCCAAGGGAGACAGAGGAGAGCCAGGCUUGACGGAGGAUGAGAUUCGUGCAUACGUCCGCACAGAGAUGAGCCAACACUGUGCUUGUGGAGGUAUUGUUGUGACAGAAACCCUGCCCAGCCCCAGGGUACGUCCUGCUCCAGAGCAACAGCUGGCCCGGAAGGGCAAGCAGGGCAAGGACGGGCGUGAGCUGCGUGUAGUGGUGAACACCAACGACCCCGACUACGAACACUUCUACUCUAUAGAGAGUUACGACGAACCCAUGGCCAUGGAGCAGAGCAUCCACCUGACUCCCACUGCCAAUCAGAGCCAUGGUGAGAGAGUCACUGUUGACCCUCUGAAAACAAAGAGGCCCAGGAGAGAGGUCAAAGGGGAAGCUCCAGUGGAUCCUUGUGUGUUGCCCAUAGAGGAGGGCAACUGUGGGAGAUUUACUCUGCGCUGGUACUUUAACAGCCAGGUCCAGGCCUGCCGACCCUUCAUCUACAGCGGCUGUGAGGGCAAUGCCAACCGGUUCCUCCAGCAGGAGACCUGUGAGGAGCGCUGCCUCGGGGAGGACAGAGGUGCUAUUCCUUUGAAGAAGGGGCGAUGAUGAACGGCAUGUCAUGACCACCUCUCCACCCUAAAGAAUGUCAACAAAUGGUUGUUUCAUAUUUAAAACUAUAAACAUUGGCAAGGUUUUGAAUAUAUAUAUAUAUAAAGCUUUGAUGGAUCUUGUCUCAUUGCCACAGGUCACAUUGUUGAUUUGCUUAUUUAUUUCAAGUACAUUUAUAUUACAUUAACUGCAGCCAAACGUUUAAAUCCCUCUCAGAAUGACAUCUAGCGAUUACAGCAGUACUGUAUUACUGGAAGACAAUGUUGUCCAAACAUUGACGCAACCUUACCACAGAAAGCAGGAUCUGCCUUUGGUGGAUGUACAGCUCAUGAGUUCCAAAUCUGUCCACUAAAGAACAGAGCUGUUCUGUAUGUAUGAAGAGGCACGCACAAUACGUUAUACAGUAUGUUAUAAUAUUUUGCCAAUGUGAUGUACAUAUAAAUGUAUAUUUGUAUUACCUGGGAAAAAGUGUUUUGUGUGUCCUAAUGAUUCAUGUUAAACUCUGCAUGUUUUUACCUGACAGAGGUAAGGUGCUAUUUUAAAAUGUAUAUUUGUAUUGCACUUUUCAUUUGUUGUUUUCAAAGAAAAACUAAAGUUCGUUUUUUUUCAUCAAGUUUAAUGUUCAAAUUGCAAAGGAACACACUCAUGUUGGCUUGACUACAUAUAUCAUUGUUUUAUUAAAUAUAUAAAUUAACCAGA